UUUAUCUUUUAAUAUUUUUAGUUGUAUGUUAUUUUUAAGGUUUAAUGUUGCUGCUAGCAGAGGCCUCUUAAAUAGUCUAAAUGUUUUCCUGGAGAACGGUGUCAACGUGAAGGCUGUAGAUGCUGCCGGUAAAACAGCUUUGCAUCUGGCUGCAGCAGGCGGUCAUUCCAUGUGUGUGCAAAAGCUACUGCAGUGUAAAUGUCCUGUUGACUGCACAGACCUGCAGGGUCGAACAGCUUUGCAUGAUGCAGCAUAUGUAGGCUGCAAAACCGCCAUCAAAAUGCUCUGUGACAGCGGUGCAUCUAUUGAUGCUGUCGAUGCUGAUGGUAGAUCUCCCUUAUUGCUUGCUGCUAAGAUGAGCCAACCAGGAGCAUGCCAGAUGCUUGUGCAAUUUGGAGCACGCUCUGUUCUUCGAGACAAGCAAAACAAGACUGCGCUUAUCUUAGCUUGUGAGAGCUCUUGUAAAGAAGCAGUGGAUAUUCUCCUGAAAACUAAGGCUGAUGUUUCUGCAGUAGAUAUUUAUGGCCAUGAUGCUUACCACUACGCCAGACUAAGUCAGAAACAAGACUUGAUCACACUUGUACAACAUGCCUUGGAAAAAAUCACUAAAGCUAAAGAAACUGCCUCUGUUUCACAGAAGAUCCAACAGGCAAAACCCCCAUCCACAGGGAUUGGUCGGACCAAAUCAGGAUCGGUAAAGACUGAGAAACCUUUGUCAGAGCCACUAACAAGGGAACAUGGCAGUCACUUUGCUGAAGGAAAAGGUGCCAAACCAAGUCAGAAUCUGGAUUGUACACAGGUCAGGCCCACACAGUCAGCUCCUGUGCCAGUGAGAUCUGCUCCAAUGGAGUUAUUGCCUGGUGAAGUGGAGGCCCUUAAAAGAGAACUAAGAGAUUCAAGAAGAAGGCAAGAAGCAGCAGAGGCGGAGGUGCACAGGCUGGACACGGCACUGGCUCUGCGUGCUCAGGAGUAUGAAGGACUGAGGAGAAGCAGCGAGCAAGCUCUGCAUGCAGCCCAUAACCGGUCGUGGGAGCUGGAGGAGGCCCUGGGCGAGGUGCAGCGGAGGAUGGCCGGCUCGGAAACCCGAGUGAGACAGAUGCAAGCUCAUCUAGUGGCUGUCAGGGAGCACUUGGUGGAAGAACUGAGAGUCCAGCUCCAAGAGGUCAAAGGUCAGCGGGAGGCAGCCGUAGCCGAACUAGGGAGGAUGCAGAAGGAGCUCAUCCAGAGCAGGAGGGAGGUGGAGCAGCAGAAGGAAAACCAGAGCUCCUUAAUGCAGGAACUGAGCCGGAUUUCCCAUGAGCUUCUCAGCAGAGAAGAGCAAAUAAACACACUAAGGACCAGGUUAGCGGAAGUGGAGACACAGCAAGCUGAGAUGUUGUGUAAAGAAGCUCAAACCCCGUCAGAAUGGUGCCCCACACAUGAGAAGAGCACCAUGACUGACCUCACCACAGAAACCCCUGAACCAACGAUAGAUCUGGAGAGCUACAUAAGCAAGAAUGAGCACACAGUUAUAACUAGCUCACUGAAAGAUGCAGUGCAGCAGGCUGAAACCAAAGCUGACGAGUCUCUACAGAAGUACCAGAGGGCCCAGGAGGAGAACCAGAGCCUGCUGGGAGAACUUCAUAAACAAAAGACUGAGCUGGACACCAUCCAGGAGGCUCUGCAGGCCAGGUUUGUUCCUGUUGCCUUAGUGGAGGAAAAAGAGAAAGAGGUGGAGCGACUCAAACUGGCCCUUGAAGAGAUGGAGAAGCAACAAAACCAGGCCAAUGUGAACAUCUCAAACAUUAAGGAUGAGGGUGUUCAGACAGAAGAACCCAGGCAGCCAUGCACAAGUGAAGUACAGCAUAACCAAGUAUCUUCUUCUACAGUGAGUGACAGACCGGGAAGUGAAGUCACUAGAAGUGAAGUGAAAAAUGCGCAGCUAUCUGAAAUAGAAACCAAAAGUAGCACAACUGAAGUCCAGGGGAGCACAUUGCAAGAUCAAGUUGAAAAGUCAUCAGUGGAGCAUGAGGGACAGAGGUUGUCUCAGGUCAACCUAUCAGAACCCAUCAGCUCCUGUGGACCAUCACAGCCUGACAGCUCCCUCCAGGCUCAGGUCCAAAGCCUGCAACAGCAGCUAGAGGACUGUGAAAAACAUUACAGGCAUGUGCUUUCAAUUUACAGAACACGAUUGCUCAGUGCAGCACAGGGUUACAUGGAUGAAGAGGCCAAAGUGGCUCUGCUUCAGAUUGCCAAGAUGAGAGAGGAGCGUGUGUGUUGAGCAUUUAUUGUGCUGCUGUUGCUGAAUGUGUGUGUGUGUGUGUGUGUGUGUGUGUGUAUACGCUACUGCUAAAAGGAGUGUGGUCUUGUAAUCUUUUUUUUCUAAUUGUCUUUGAAAGAAGUAAUUCUCACCAAGGCUGGCUUUAUUUGAUAAAAAAUACAGUAGAAACAGCAAUAUAGUGAAAUUAUAUGUCAAUUUAAAAUAAUUUUUAUUUUCUGUAAUGCAAGUGCUGAAUUUUGAGUAGCUAAUACUCCAGUAUUCAGUGUCAUGUAAUCCUUCAGAAAUCAUUCUAAAAGGCUAAUUUGGUUCUCAAGAAACUUUUCUUAUCAAUGUUAAGAACAUGUGCUGCUUAAUAUUUUUGUGUAAACUACUUUUUUUUCAGUUCAAAGUUAAAAACUUAUUAGUAAUUAGUUCUUUAACAGAAAACAAAUCUAAUUUGGUGUAAUUUAUGUUUUAUGUUCCCCUUUUAUUAUGAAAUGUCUUCUGCAAGUUAACAAUGGUCCUUUGUAACUAAUUUAAUCAACAAAUAAACUAUAAAUCUUA